AUUCGGUAUAUUUUUUUUCGGUAAUUUGUUUCCAAGUGCCACAGGAAUCUUGUUCAAGUGAUACUAUCUUAAUUAUUUUCAGUUAUUUAUACAUCAAGUUAUGUCUCGUAAACAUGUAAAAAUUGAUGAUGACGUUGAUGUUACUUAUAAGGUUUUAAUUAUAGGAGAAACGUCCGUUGGAAAAACAUGUAUUUUACGUAACCUGUCUGGAAAAGGUUUCAAUUUUUCAACAUUAUCAACAGUUGGAAUUGAUUUCGAAAAUGUAGUAUUCUCUGUUAGAGGGGUUAACAUUUUACUAAAGAUAUGGUAAGUAAUUACUGUAAUUUUAUCCUGUUGUUCAUUAACUAUUGUGAUGUAUAUGAAAGGGAUACUGCGGGGCAAGAACAGUUUAGAGCUAUAACAAAGAGCUAUUAUAGAGGAGCAGAAGCAGUUGUUUUGGUCUACGAUGUCACAAACAAGAGUAGUUUUGAUAAAUUAAAUUCGUGGAUUGAUUCUGUUGUUGAAGAUCUGGUUGAUAACAAUAUCAAAAAUAUCAAAAUACCUUUUUACCUAAUGGGAAAUAAAAUAGAUUUAAUUGAAAAUCGCGUUGUAGAUGCUGAAAGUGGACAAGCGUUUAGCAAUAUGCAAGCUGCGGAUAGAUUUUUUGAAGUAAGUGCCAAAACUGGAUCUAACAUAAGUCAGGCAUUUAAAAAAUUAGCUGAGGAUAUCCUGCUAGCAAAUAAUCCAGAACUCGUCUCUGAUUAUGUAUCUGCAGAAUGUGUUAUUGAAAACGAUUUGCAAAGUAAUUGCUUUUGUAAAUGCUACUGCGAAGCUUGUACAAAGUGUGAAUGCAAAUCUACCCGAAAUAAGGUGUCUAGAAGAGUGUUUUCUAAGUAUGCGAAAAAGCCAAACUCAAAAAAAAUUGGGUUAAAAUCUACCCGCAGCAUCGUCCGUUUAGCGUCUGAAAUUGACAUGAGAGAUAAGAGCAAAUGUUCGGAUUGCAAGAAACUCUAAGAGUAAUCAAUGAUAGCAUUUCGUAGUUUUUUUUAAGAGUUUUAUUGCUAUUUAUACGAUGUUUCCAUUUAUUUCUGUAAUAGUUAAAUUUUGGCUUAUUAUACAGUUAACUACUCUUAUUCUCAAACUUUUGAAUACAGAUGAAGUUGAUUCGA